AUGGCGGAAACAGAGCAACAAAAAGGAUCCAUACCUGAGGAUGAAGCACCUGAAGUCACCUUUAUGGUGCCCAAGAAAGAAAUCAGCGUGGUGCCUGACAUGAGUAAAUGGAAACGAUCACAAGCAUAUGCUGAUUAUAUGGGAUUCGUUUUGGCAUUGAAUGAAGGUGUGAAAGGAAAGAAGCUCACAACUGAAUAUACAGUGUCUGAGACGGUGGAGAAGUUAUUAGAUCUUUUGGAGACUCUGGACCGAUGGAUCAACGAGACCCCUCCUGUUGAUCAGCCGUCCCGCUUUGGUAACAAGGCCUACAGAAUCUGGUACAGCAAACUAGACCAGGAAGCAGAGGCCUUGGUGUCAGCAUUGAUCCCCGCUGACAAAUGUGCAGCAGCCCCAGAGAUAGCCGUCUAUCUGAAAGAGUCUGUGGGGAACCCCACCAGGAUAGACUAUGGAACAGGUCAUGAAGCUGCUUUUGCUGCGUUCCUCUGCUGCCUCUCUAAGGUCGGAGCUCUCGGAGCGGAUGAUCGCCUCGCUAUUGUUUUUAGAGUUUUUAACAGGUACCUGUCAGUGAUGAGGAAGCUGCAGAGGACGUACAGAAUGGAGCCAGCUGGAAGCCAAGGUGUGUGGGGACUGGAUGACUUCCAGUUUCUGCCCUUCAUAUGGGGCAGCUCCCAGUUCGUUGAUCACUUGACACUGGAGCCCCGUCACUUCAUCGACGAGCGGGUUGUGAACGAGCAUCAGCAAGAAUAUAUUUUUCUGGACUGUAUCAAGUUCAUUAACGAGAUGAAGACGGGUCCAUUUGCUGAACACUCCAACCAGCUGUGGAACAUCAGCGCUGUUCCUACCUGGUCCACAGUCAACCAGGGUCUGAUCAGAAUGUACAAGGCUGAGUGUUUAGAGAAGUUCCCUGUGAUCCAACACUUUAAGUUCGGAUCCCUGCUCUCCAUCCAGCCGGUGAACCCAUGA